CGUGUAGACUGUCGAAAAUAUGUGAAACAGACGUUUGGUUGUUUAAUCUUCAUACUUCUCGUCCUGUAUUUAUAUCCUACCAUAUUUGUGCGUAUCAAGUGAUAUUUAUUUUUAUUCAAAACGUGCGAAAUUCGAAGUAUUAGCUUAACUAUGGAAGCGACUCCGACCAACAAACGUUCACGUGGGAAGAGAUGUGUAGCGUAUGGAUGUGGAAACACCACUUUAGACGGUGUUUCACUUCAUUUUUUCCCAUUAGACAGACCGGAAAUAUGCAAAGUUUGGACUGCAUUUGUGCGGAGGAAAAGGGAUUUGUGGGACGGGCCAACAAAACAUUCAGUUUUGUGUUCGGAACAUUUCGGUGAGGACUGCUACCCGAUGCAGUACAGAUUUCUUCAAUCAAUGGGACGUACACCACCGAAAAAGAAAACGCUAAUAAAAGAUGCUGUGCCAACGAUUAACAAAGGCUGCACCAACGUAGAGGAAACGCCUGUCAAAAGACCACGGACUGCUUUCGCAAAAAGAGAGAACAGAAGGAUAGUCGAGCAAUGUUUGAAAGAGAGUUCCACGGUAUCCACAGACACUCAGGUGGAGGAAGAUCCUGAUGUAUGA